CACAGUCAAUGGAAAUUCGUAGAUGCAGAAUGGCAGAUGCUCCCUUCUCUUCCUUGGGAGGGUGAUUUGAAUGAGCUGGAUGUAAAUUACGGUGCACCACUGCAUUAGAGGACCGGAUUUGUGUCGGUGUGAGAUAUAUAGCCGCGCGCGACCUGGAAAAGGUGUUCUCGAGGAGCUGACAGGAGAUCGCUGCACUAAACUACAUCAGUGAUCAGUUUGGGUCUAAAAGCUAUCAGUGACUUUUUGACAGAUUCACAUUGCUCAACGUAAGGUGACGGGUCUUCAUUGGCUAUCACACUUCAUGCAUUAAAGACAAACAAAGCUUAAGUUACCACGUCUUAGUGGACUACCAUAGUCAGUCAGGCAUACAGCACUAAAAUAGGAUUUUUAUUCCAUAGUUGUCAGAAGUCAAAGAGCAUUUUUUUCCUCUCUUUAUGGAUUAGUAUAUGUUUUUAUAUUACCCCCAUCUUAAAGGAUGGUUCAUACAUAAAAAACAAUACAGAAGUGCACAUCAAAGCCAUUCAUUCAUCGGCGGAACAUUGAGCAUCAUUGAGGUUGCCAGGAAACCGCAGUCACAGCAUCCGUUAAUGCCACAGUUUUGUCAACUCUGAUGGUCAUUUUGAGGACAAACUCAUUGUAUGUUCACUGCUACUCCCUGAGCAGUUCGAGCCAAUCCGAGCGUGGCAAAAUCAUGUUAACACAGCUCUGUCGCUUUUGUCUGGCCGCCUCUGUUACCGUUACACCAUCCAACCUACAGUUCUAUCUUUGAGAGAGUCACACAGAGUUGUCGUGUAUUACCGCAUCCUGAUCUGAGAGAAGCAGACAGCCGUCGGGCGAGAGCAGCUGCCAUGACAGGGGUGGGGGCAGAGGAUGACAUCCCUCUCUGUGAGAGGAAAACUGUCACAGACUUCUGCUAUCUCCUGGACAAGUCCAAACAGCUUUUCAAUGGCUUGAGGGAUUUGCCUCAGUAUGGACACAAGCAGUGGCAGUCCUAUUUUGGCCGAACAUUUGAUGUAUACACCAAGCUGUGGAAGUUUCAACAGCAGCACAGACAGGUUCUUGACAACCGGUAUGGUCUCAAGAGGUGGCAGAUAGGCGAGGUCGCCUCAAAAAUUGGCCAGCUGUAUUACCAUUACUACCUCCGCACCUCAGAAACGAGCUACCUAAAUGAAGCCUUUUCUUUCUAUUCGGCCAUUCGCCAACGAUCAUACUACCACCAAGUCAACAAAGAAGACAGGCCAGAGCUGGUGGUAAAAAAGCUGAGGUAUUACGCUCGAUUUAUCGUUGUUUGUCUGUUGCUCAACAAGAUGGACCUGGUUAAAGUGUUGGUCAAGGAGCUUUCAGAGGAGAUUGAAGACUACACCCAACGCUUCAACACAGAGGACCAGCUAGAGUGGAACCUGGUGCUGCAGGAGGUGGCUGCUUUUGUGGAGGCAGAUCCACUCAUGAUCCUAAAUGAUGACAAUGCUGUAGUGGUCUUAUCCAAUCGGCUGCAAGAGGGGGGCGUGCCCCCGCUUGAACAGGGCAUGGUGGUUGGCCAGCUCACCUUGGCAGAUGUGCUCAUCAUUGGCAACUGUAACAAUCAGGUGAAAUUUAGUGAGCUGACCAUCGAUAUGUUCCGUAUGCUUCAAGCCCUUGAACGGGAACCAGUCAACCUCGCCACACAGAGCUCCAAGCCAGGGACACUUGUAAGAGAAGACUCUUACACUCUUCCUGUCACUCUCUAUGAGCCCAAUGAAAAGUCAGCCAAGAGAGAGAACCCUCAUAAAUAUCUCCUCUACAAACCAACCUUCAGCCAGCUUUACACUUUUCUGUCUGCCUCCUUCAAGGAGUUGCCAGCCAAUAGUGUACUGCUGGUGUAUCUAUCUGCCACUGGAGUUUUCCCCACUGGACGCUCAGAAUGUGAAGGACCAUAUGAUUUUGGAGGUGUCCUGACCAAUACUAAUCGAGAUGUGGUAAAUGGUGAGAUGGUGCAGAAGAGAAACCAGGCACAAAAAGAGAUGCACUGCCUACACCCAGGAGACCUAUUCCCCUUCACCAGGAAACCUCUGUUUAUCAUUGUCGACUCAUCCAACAGCACAGCUUAUAAGAAUUUCUCAAAUUUUUUCGGCCAGCCGCUGGUAUGCCUGCUUUCUCCGACAGUAUAUCCGAAGAGCAUGCAAGACCAGUCUCAGCGUGGGAGUCUAUUUACUCUCUUUCUCUACAACCCCCUCAUGGGCUUCCUGUCUGUCUGUGGACUGACCAGCAUGCGCUAUGGAUUGUGGGAAAAGGCCCAGGAACUCCUGCGGAAGCUUUUCCAUGACAUUGGCCAGAUGAUCACCAGUUCGCGAGUCGUAGAUCAAGCCUACCUACAAUUUUAUGGAGAUGAGUUUCUGCGUCUGCUGAUGAUCCGUUUCGUGUUUUGCUGCACCACUCUCAGAUUACAUAAGCUCUUCCGGGAAGCGAGGAGUUUUCCAGAAUCGUAUCCCCCGUUGCCUAAACAGGAGAUGGUGGAGAGCAGCCUUCUACAGAAACAUGUGCUGGAGCUGGCAGCCAUGUUGGACAUGCAAAAUCUCUUCUGUGAUGGCAUGUUGGAUAACUAUUGAUCACAUGGUGGCACCAUGCCAACUUGCAGAUACAUGCGCACACCAACAUACACACAGGCACAUGCAUACACAAUUUGUACAUAGUUUCAUCUGAAUUAACUUGCUGGUUGUUUAACCUUUAAACAUUUAGUUAGUUUAAUAACUAUUCAAGAGAAAUGUCUCAUCUUUGUGGGCAGAUAUUUACAGUUUGUCAUGUUCACAUCUAUUUCUAGAUUUUAAGGAACUACAGACACCCAGAUGCAAGUGUAGCUCCUGACAUACAGGAGAACACAUCGAUUAAAUACAUGCAUGCACCGUAUGGUUGUAUGGUCAUUCAGACCUGUUGAGGGCAGCUAUUGCAGUUUCAGUAGGUGGUUAGAGAGUACAAGAUAACAAGGGUAAUUGUGGCCAAUUACAGAUCGAGAGUAACAAAAGUCUGCGAAACAAUUUUUAUGUCAGUUGGUGGAAUUCCAGGGAGAUACUUCCAAAAGUUUUAAGAUGAGCCUAAGGCUUUGGCAAAACACAUUUUGGAGAAGGAAGUUCGUUUUUUCCUUCUCAACACUUUUGACUGCAACAUUCACACAACUUUUCCAUCAGGAGCGUGCUGCAUGUUUGCAUUUAUUUGCUCCGAUGUUUUAUUUUUAUGUCUUUCCUUUUUGUUUGUUUUUGUUCAUUGAAAUCUGUUUGUUUUUCCGUCUUACAUACAUUUUUGUGGACUUGAGCCUGGUCUUUUGAAGGAGGUUCACUGUGCUAUGCCUCUUUUAUUUCAGUCAUCAGCUAACUGGUACCUCCAUUUUUAUUAGGGCUGCAACUAACGAUUAUUAGAAUGAUUAUUCGGCAAUUAUUGCAAUGAUUAAUCAUUAGCUAUUUACCGAUUAUUCAGCUUGUGCACUGACUUAAAAGGUUGUAUUAAAUGUGCUUACUAACAAUAAACAGGAAAAAAAAAAUAAUCUUUUAAAAAUACCUCUAAAUGACAUUUACUGAAUUAAAAAGGAAAAAUACUUUUAAGUUUAAUUCAGUAAAGUCCCUUUCAAAAAAAUCCUAUAGUUAUCAAGUGUUUUUGUCUUGUUUUCCAUUUGAAAUUGUCUAAAAAUCCUUAAAACAAGAUACAUUUACUUGAGAAGCAACAUAUAAGAUAUUUAGACUUGAUUUUAGAGAAUGUAUCUUAAAUAUAAGUAUAUUUUGUAUAUAAGUGUUUUCACUUGGUUAUACUUCUGCAAGUGCAAAUAUACUUAUAUUCAAGAUCUGUUCUAUAAAAGCAAGUCUAAAUAUCUUAUAUGCUGCUUCUCAGGUGAAUGCAUCUCUUUUUAAAGGAUUUUUAUAUGUUUUAAAAUAUUUGUAUUUUUAAUAUUAUAUUCAACAUUCUCAGAUUAAAAAAAAAAAAAAGUGUUCUUCAGUAUAGCUGCUAAAGAAAAUGUACAUUGUUUUAAAGGAGUUUUAGAUAUUUAUAUCGGAAAACAAGCCACAACAAAAACAAAUAAAACAUUUAUUUUGUUUCAUUGUAAUGGGGUGAAGACUACUCUCUCUAAUCUCUCUGUUCACUUCAAUCCAUCUUUAACGCACAAAAAAAAAACUCAUUAAUAAAGCCGCGUAUUGCCAAUUUUCUUCACAAUAAGAAGUGUACAGUGACAUAUUAUGAUUCAGUAAAUCGUGAGCCAUCACGUUAUAAUCUAGCUGCAUUAAGCGCACGCUCGAGGAAUGAGCGUACCCGCGACAGAGUUUGCAUCAGCCGGGUGCAGAUUCAAUCUCUUCCCCCUUAGAUCGGGACAUUCACGCAACUCAUAGAAGAGGCGCUGACCGCACAGAGAAAUGCCAGUUUCGGAGUUUGAAGUUAUUUAUAUGAUCUGCUUCCGUAUUAUCUGAACUUUAAUAAAGCUAUAACGCAUUAAAUAGAACUGCAUUAAAGAUGUAAUGCCAUGUGUUUCCUUUAAAGAGCUCUGGCUCCGCUUAUUCCACAAUGAGAGUGCUUCUGUAUUUAUUUAUUUGGUAUUUUUGCAUUAUAAUUCCCUCAUACGUUGUGAUCUACAUUACAUGAAGCUGUGAAAGUUUAGAGUGCAUCUGGACUGUGAGCUGUUUUCUUCCUUUCCUCAGUCACGCGCGAGGUGCAAUGCUGCUCUCGCAUGUCAACAUUAGAAUUUAAUGUGAUCUCAUGUUACAUUAAAUGAGAUCUAUUCGACAACAAAUAAUUUUGUGGACAACGUCGACUAAUCGUUUCAGCCCUAAUUUUUAUAAACCGUUUUGUCAAAACAGAUUAUUUUUAGCAUGCCUCAGUAGUGUGGUAAGCCCAUACUUACAUAGCUGAUGUAAAAACUUAAUGUCUAAUUCCAUGUGUGCAGUGGACACCAAUAGCCAACAAAGUUCUCUUUUAUAAAGUCACAGAGCCGUACAUGCUAAUAUUCCUGUAUAUAUGUGGUUAUAUAAGUUAAUGUGAUGCAGAUAUGUGUAUGUCUGGGUUAUCGUCGUGGCAGAUAUGUGAAAAGAUGGCCCUCUGCAUGUGACAGAGGCAGUGUUCUUUUGUCUAAUCUGUGAACGGACCAUGCCACUGUCUCAACUGCGCACCAUCCCUGCUACUAUACAAAAAGGGCAGUCAGCUGACAUUCCAAGGAUCACUGGCAAAAGUGAGUUUGGUGGAAUGGCUGUGUUCCUCUUCACAAUCCAUCUGUCUCAAGGACAAGUACACUGCGUCAGUCUAAUAAGAAGUGAUGUGAUCAGUGUUUCGUUGGUUUCAUUCCGUUAUGAUGAUGUUGAUAAUUAUGAUAAUAAUACCCUUGCACUUUACUUGCACUAUUUAAGUUUCUGAUGUUAUUUAUUGUGCUGUUGGGAGGAGGCAUGUCUGAUCAUUCCAUUAUAUCAUACUUGUUUGAGAAUGGCAAGUAACUCAUCACUUUCUCUAUACUUAAAUGUCAAACAUUCAGGCUUUGAUCCAUGACAACAGCGAUUUUUCAAAGUUUACCAACUCUGAACUACUAGUUUGAUCAUGGCCAGUCAAAUGGGACCAAAAUAUUCUUGCAUGUGGAGAGCACAAGGUCCCAUUAACUAUUCUCCCUGUAGUCCAGCAACUCAACCCAUGCCAUUCAAUCAUACUUAUAUUUCUGCACAUUUGCAAAUCUUGUCCGAAACAUUGCUUGUGACACAAAGAUCGCUGCUUCCACCAACUUUUUUGAAUAAUCCCCUUUUUAGGAAAAAAAAAAGUUUGCUGAACAAAUCACUGCCAAACAAAAUCAACUUUAACAUGGAACUUCCACUGCCCAAAUUAUGCAGACAGCCACAAAUUGUUUCAUGCUUUUUUAUGCCGUUUUAGCUAGCCAAAAGAAGGAGAGCUGGAUAGAGAUGAGGAGGGAAACAGAUGGUGAAUGUCACCGUUUCCCCUCUGUCAAGUUGUCUGACCUUGAACUGGUUGGCUGUGAAAUGUUUUUGCCUUUAUUUCAUUUGUUAGUAUGUGUGGUUUUAGUUGAUUUAUCUUCCCAACUUUCUAUAAAUUAGCCUUGUAAAUUCUUGCUGAUACUGUCGCUUUUUAGUGCUGUAUUCACACCACACCAUUUAGCUGAGAGCACAGGUAAAUAGACUAUAAGCACUUAUGCAUGAAAUGUAUGGCAACAAAACAACUAACAACCUAAAAUUGAGGGGAAAAUGCAAUGCCCUUUUUUUUUUAUAUGAAAAAAUUAUUUUAAGCGUUUUGUUACGAAGACAAUAAUCAAUUAGCCACAAGACAUUUCUGUAGUAUGUUAACAAGGCAUUAAAUAUUGAUGCCCCCCGCUACAUUUCAGUGCCACAAGUAAAUGGUGGCCAUGAUUUGAAAGAACAAAGAAAAUAAACUUUUCUAUUGUAAACAUGGUUUGUGGGGCCAGAUUUAAGGUGUAGUACGGGUGAUUUCUACCAGUUCCUACUGUUGUGGGAGGGAACAUUUUUAAGAGAUGUAAUGGUCAGAAUACUCUUUCUUUAUAAGUUAAGGGGUUCUAGAGUUGCUAGUUGAACAUUCUUGCAUUGUCCAAUUGUCAUGUGUUUUUAAUCACUUAACUGUUUUGUCUUAUCUGUUGCCAAAUUAUAUUUGAUGUUUGUUGUUAAAUGCAGAAAAAAAGAACAAAGGAACAAAAAUGUGAUGAUACCAAAUCAUGCAAGUUUUUGUUUUUAAGAAUGCUAUUUAAGAACAUUAAAAAGUGUUUUGCUUAA